AUGCAAAAAUCUUUGUCUAGCGCAGUUUCUUUAGUUGAUAUUGAUGUUGUGUUGACACCACAGACAGUCCUUUCUGAAGUGAAGACAGGCGUCGUCCCAUUGAUCCCCAUUACUGAUGCAAUACGAUGCCUUGGACAGAAUCACGGGAGUGUGCGAGACUGUGGUUCGGCUUCGUCGAUUGCGACUUCUCCCGUUUGUUCCUUAAACAACACGCUGCAGAGCCUUGGCGCUGGAACUUUGCGUGGCACGCUCGGCACAUCGCUCAACGUGCCGGACCGCAUGAUCAUCCCACUUGAGCGACUGCGGCUGUUUGGAGGUCAUGUGCUAGGAAAGGGUGCCUUCGGCGAGGUGGUGCGAGGGGAGUUGAAUAUGCUCUGCCCCACUGUGGGGUAUGGCUCCGCAAUGUCAAUGGCGUCGUGUGUGACUCUAUCACCUCAGAGUUUUACAAAUUCGACGCCGGGACAACCCAUCUCCUUUGGGGAAAUUUGUAGCGAAGAAGACCAUCUGCCGACGGGGAGGAGUAGUGCUGGUGAAAGCGUUGGUGGUUUGCGCCGCAGCAACGGCCAAUACAACCACUAUCGCUCCCGUUCUAUGGAAGAGACCAAUUUGACGCUGCCGUUGCACUGUGGGAGCUUUUCGACCGAUAAAUCGGCAAGAAAGUUGCUACCGUUAACACCGUGCGUCCACUCGCGGACGAUAUCAAGGGAGUUGUGUGGUGGUCCGUCUACAAUGCAUGAUGACGUUCUCACAGAUACAAGCAACAGCUUCCAGCAGCAUACUCUCCGCCAUGCGGCAAACCGAGGCGACACGGUUGUAUCAUUUGGUCCAUGGAAUGAAAUGGCGUCAUACGCCUCCGAGGAGGGGGUGAUACUCAAGUCCGUGGCGGUGAAGCGGGUUGACAAGUUUCGCCUCUGGCGGCGGCAGAAGUUUGUCAAAUCAUUUCAGUCAGAGUUGAACAUCACCGCGACACUCCGUCACCCUUCCAUCGUGAAGGUGUACGGUGUGGCAGAAACUGAUGCAGAGCUGUUUCUUAUCAUGGAUGUUGUAGAGGGCGGAACGCUGGAGGAUUAUGUAAAGAGAAAGGGUCUGGAGGACAUGAAUAUUAUGGCUCCUCGCUUUCUCACCGACGUCGUAUUGGGAUUAGAGUACCUGAAAACCGUCGGGGUCGCCCAUCGUGAUAUCAAGCCAUGCAACAUUUUGCUUACAGAAGACCAUCAUGUAGUUCUCGCGGACUUUGGCAGUGCCUGUUAUCUCCACGACAACGCGGCAAACACCUUUGCUGGAUCCGCUGCAUACAUGUCGCCCGAGAUGGUGGGAACAGGCAAGGCAAGUGCAACAAGUGAUCUGUGGGCGAUGGGCUGCAUACUGUUUGAGCUCUUCGUUGGUCGACCACCGUUUGAUUCCGAGAACUGUAUGCUUGUGAUGCGCAAAAUAAAGGAAUACCAAGACGGCCAUCUUGAGUACCCGCCGUACUUCCCGGAAGCGGCAAAGGACCUCGUACAGCGUCUCCUGCGGCGCGAUCCCAUGGACCGCCUUGGCUCCGAUGCGACGGGCGGUUUUGACGCCCUAAAGACGCACCCUUUUUUUGGAGGGAUUGACUGGAAGCAGGUGCUACGGAUGUCAAAUCUCAUCUUUCGAUGCGCCGACUUCUCGGCGGACCUGCAACAGAGCAUAUUAAUGGAGGACGAGAAUGUUGUGCACUGCUCGAUGGUGCUCAAAGAGUCUCGCGUUUUCUUCAAAAGGACGCUCCGAAGACGUCUUCUUGUUUUGACGGACCUUCCGCGCCUCUUUUAUGUGGAUAUGUCGACACGCACCGUGAAGGGCACAAUUCCAAUAGCACCGGAUCUUUACGUGGAAUAUGAUACGGUGGAGGCAUUUCGCGCCGUGACAAAGAAGCGGACUUACGUCUUCUGUGACCCCAACAAACGUGCGUACAUUUGGGCCAUGCGUGUGAAUGACGUGGUGAAACGUUUGUCCACGGCGGGUAACUGCGUUGAUCCCGCCACCCGUCAGAAAAAAGACAGAGGCAAAAUUUUUCACAGGCGGUAUGAGUCACGGUAA